GUGCACUUAUGUUUUUUAUCUUUUAAGGCCUGCAUAAUGAAUUCAACAGGAGGCCAAUUAUUCUUCAUCAGAGACACGUUUACCAUGGCCUUCGUGAAGAACUUCAUUGUAGUCCUGGUGUGGCUCCUUCUCAGCUACAUCAAUGGCAGCGUCGUUGCCACCUUCUUCAGACACCAGAUCUUUUAUGAAGACCCUCGCUAUAUACUUUUCAUACACAUGGUGAUUAAUGACGCAGUGCAGCUCACUGUAACCAUCGCUCUGUUUGUGGUCAGCUACAUCUUGUACACUAUCAGUGUAGGAGUGUGUUGUUUCUUUAUCCUUGUGGCUGUGUUCACCACCCGCAGCACGCCUGUCAACCUGGCCGGCAUGGCGAUCGAGCGUUAUAUCGCGAUCUGCUAUCCUCUGCGUCAUGCGCAGAUCUGCACCGUGCGCCGCGCGUACAUUCUCAUAGCGGCAAUUUGGUUAGUAUCCGUGCUUCCUGACAUCACUGACCUUUUCGUGACUUUAGGCACAGAGCCUUUGAGUUUCUUCCAAACGAAUGUUUUUUGUCUCAGGCAGAAUGUGUUCAAAGACCCUGUGCUACUGUACAAACGUCAGGCGUUCGACGGCAUUUAUUUCUCGCUGGUGUUCCUUACGCUGCUGUGCACGUAUCUGCGGGUCGUGUUUGCGGCCCGCGCGCUCUCCACUGAGAGAACUUCAGCCAAUCGCGCGACCAACACUAUCUUGCUCCAUGGGGUUCAGUUGCUGAUGUGCCUGCUGUCCUAUGUGUCUCCAAGUGUGGAGGGCAUACUGAACAUCAUCUUCCCGGGACGCAUCCUGGAAAUCCGUUUCGCCAACUAUCUAAUUGUCUAUAUUUUGCCACGCUUUUUGAGUCCAAUCAUAUACGGAGUGCGGGAUAAAAAGUUCCGCAAGUAUCUGAGGAGGUAUUUUGUGUGUGGUCUCACUAAAAUAGACACGAGAGUAGAGUGUAAAGUUGAAGAACAUUAAAAGGAUCUGAAACAAUAUUCCUAAUAUUAUAAUGUGCCAAGUGUUUGGAAUCCUAGUCUGGACUGUAAAAGUGUGCUUCUGAAAAUGUGUAUGAUCUGUAAAAAAGUGUGCUUCUGAAAAUGUGUAGACAACCCCAACUUUGGUUUAUAAAUGUUUAGUUUUGAAUCAUUCUUCAUGUUUUGUUUACUGGAGAUGUGCAGA